AUGACUCAAUGGCUAACUAUGAGGUUCAAUGGUGGAGAACCUGUAACAUGCCCUUAUUGCCGUGCGGAUAUGAGUAAGCCUAAUCUAAAAGAGGUUUUUACUAUUCUUCGCAUCAAAUUUUCUUCAUUAGUAUGGGCUCUUGGUAAUCAACAACCUCCAGUGGCUCAUGCACCUGCUGUUCCUGCAAUGGUUCAUGGCCAUGCUGUUCCAAUCCCUGCUGUUCCUGCAAUGGUUCAUGGCCAUGCUGUUCCAAUCCCUGCUGUUCCUGUGCCCCCUUACAAUCCAGAUAAUAACACUCCUCCAGGUAUACAGCCAGCUGAAUUAUUACUAAAUAUUAAUAUCUGGGACUGGGAAAUAGGAUUACCCUGA